AUGGCACGCUUGGAUCAAGUUCCACCAGAAAUUUUGAUGGCGAUAUUGGACGAGCUGCAUGUAUUGCAGCUUACGAUCGUGAUCCUGGUCAACCGACAGUUUUUCAAUCUCGGCAUCCGACGCCUCUGGCAAGCGCAGAAAGACAACUACCUCAUGAAGGUCCCAAAGGAUCGGCAGAGCCUGCGCAUCACUGAACUGGAGGACCACCUGAUAACAGAUUCAAAAGUCAUUGAAUUUCUGGCCACGUCUUCAACACUCGAGCGGUUGGAUCUGGAGCAAAUUUCCCCUGAGUUAUUAAGCGAUGCGUUGUCGAUUGAAGCGCCCUUUCCAAGGCUGAAUAGAUUGGACAUUGAGAUCUGUCACGACGCAGUGCCAUCGCUGGCUAAGCUUUUCGGCUCUGUUAUACAGCUCCGCGUGAUGCCGAGAGACACAGAGGGCUUGUAUAUCCGGGAAUCAGUCAGAAUACAACCCCUCUCGGACUUGACGGAACUGCGAACCCUAGAGAUCACUUUCUACGACAACGUGAUUAUUCCACCGGAAGAUCUCGUCUCGUCUCUCUGA